AUGGCAAAUUUUCUUGUUCUUCUCUGUUUUGGAUCACUAUUAUUGACGCAAUGCUCGGCGGAAUAUUUCAGUGCAACCGCAGAAAUCAACAAGGCUUCCGAAGUAGGCCGACAACUGGCCUCAGACUUGGACGCCUAUUUACAAAUGGAAGAAGCCCGCUUGAGUCGUAUACGACAAGUUGCUGAGCGAUUGGCCAAAGAUGGUUAUCAGCAACACCCGAGAGAAGCACCAGAGGAUUACUUUGGAAAUCCAGUGAAUGCUUAUUUAACAGUAAAACGGCUGGCAUUUGAAAGACAACACGAUUUGCUGAAACUUUUGAACAGUUCAAUUGUUGGCGGUCAAGAUGAAGAAGGCGGCCUAUUGGAUGUUGAUCCUGGUGUUGUCGCGGAUCUACUGGCUAGNGUUCAGACUCACAUAAGCCAACUACCGGGAGGUGGUGAUCUAAGUGGAGCCGCGGAUGCCUUACUUCGGUUGCAAAAUACAUACAAGCUGCCCGCGGACAAUAUAGCUAGAGGACACCUAAUAAACGAUUUGAAAUGUCCCAAAUUAAAUGCUGCCCAAUGCUUGCACUUGGGUCAAAGAGCUUAUGAACAGGGAGAUUUUCUUCGUGCAGAGGAGUGGUUCCGAGUGGCGUACAAUCGUCUGUGGGAAGAAGAGGCAGAGAUCGAGGGAGAACAACGGGGUGAUUCUGGUUUGCCGAGGACUAAACGGGAUACCAAUCAUCCGGAACACGAAGAGUUCAGCAUCCCUUACGAGGCUAUUCCAACCGCUACCCAAAUUUUGGACCAUUUGGCGUACGCCUUGGGGCGGCAAGGGCGAUAUGCGGAAGCUUUGAAUGUGACCCGACUGUUGUUGGAACAAAAUCCCGGUGAUCCGAGGAGUUUGGAGAACGAAGCGUUCUACGUGAACCGGAUUCAAAUGGGCGAAGGUAUAAUUGGUCCGGCAGCACCUCCGUCAAUCAGGGAAAAACCGACUAUCUCAAGCGCCAUUGUGGGUCAUCUUGUCGACACCGGCCACAAGAUCGAUCCGGAGAAAGCUUUUGAUGUGGUUUGUCGCAUCCCAAUCAAUCGCUCAAGGGCGGCCCGAGUUUGGACACUAGCUAUGGCCGAGGCGAUCGCCAUUCGCUUACUAAGCCCCCAACUGUGCCCAAAAUCGAUCGGUGCAGGCGCUCCAAUUGCCUAG